CCUAGUUUCCAGCGGUGGUAAUAGUAAUAAUAGAUCCAGUGUAAACGGCACUGUACAGUUCAAACCAGUGGGAUUCCUGCUUUCUGCUUCCAUUUCCCCCGAAUUCCUUUGUCUCUUCUUCUCCUCCGCCGUGCCCCCAACCGGCAAAUUAAACCAGUCGUAUUCCCUUUUUUUUGUUCGUUGGCAUUGUUCCUCGUCUCUCAUCCUUCUUCAGUUACCCGGUCAAUCUCGUUCUCCUUGUGUCCUCUCGCCCACGGGUUCUCUCACAAAGUCUCCCUUGGUAAGUCACACUACAACCAAAGCACGCCUGUCUUGGUACCUUUUGGCUCAGACUCAGAGCCUCCCUCCGCUGCCCUUCCCCGCCCCUCCAGCUAGCUCCUCCUCGGCCUUACGCUUUUUCUUUUCCUUCCUCCCCAUCUCUCUCUCCCUUGUGGUUGAGUCGUCUUCUUUUUUUUAAUCGCAGCAGUUUCUGUUCCCCUGCUGGCCGGUUUCCCACUUGCUCACCUCUUCUCUCUUCCUUUUAUCGUUUUCCCCUGGUGCCUUUCUUUACAUUUACAUCCCGGCGCUUCCCCUUCUGUCGUCACGCACACACACAGUGCACCGCUUAGCCGCCCAACGCUGACCUCUUGUGCUUGCACCACAGCUGCAGCUUGCCGAACACCACAGUUGCCAUAACGCACCUCCUUGACUGCAUCCGUUACCGACUAUUUGACGACUACGUUUUACGCCAUCGCAUUGAUUUUUCUUUUCAUACAUUAGCAUUUGCAUUGUAUUGCUCAGGUCUCCGCAUCAGCAUUUUACCAAUCAGCGUUUCCUACCAUCAAGCGUUCAUCGGAUUCAGGCUUUCCCACGUUGCCGUGACCACAUCCUGCAGCAUCCCCACAUCCACCACCCAGGCAGGCAAAAAAAAGUUAUACUAUCAACAAUACGUUCGCUUGUGCUGCUCUCUGAAGAAGAGUACUUAGUAUUUGUAUACCUCCCUCGCGGUAUCCUCGAACUCACCGCUCCUCUUAUUCGCAUUUUCCAGUCGAACACUGCAUCUGGGAUGACUGUAUCCCAGCUGUAAACCUUCCGACUAUCUUCGAGCUGCUAUGAGCGAGAAGGUAACAGCUUGCAGCAGCUUUGGUGAUCCAAACGCUCAACCGCCUACUCCCCAGCAAACUCCCGAUUGCCUUUCCUUUGCGAGCCCCGUCCUCGAAACCCCCCGACAGCCUCAGGAUUCCUUUACCGAGACCGGUGAUCAGACUCCUCGAUUCGCAGAAGACUAUUCUGUCUUCAACUCGACACCUGGUAAUCUCCGAGGUUCCCACGGUACAUUUGGCACAUUUGUACCACCAAACGGCUCCGGACAUAAGCGAUUUUUAUCGACCGACAGCCUUAAUCUUGAUAUUGCACCACAAAAAUCACCUAUUACUACCCAACGUACUCUUUACUCCCCGGGUCUAGCCACUCCAACAAAGGAGACUUCUGAAACGUCGGCGAAGAAGGCCCGCCGUGGUACAGUCGGCAAAGACUCGGACUCCACACAUAUUCUUUCUCCUCCUCCUACAGCGAGAAAGGGCGAGCACAAGCUCAACCUUGACGCCAAUAUGCAAAAUGACCACGUCUUUGGCCAACCCGACUUUGGGGAUAUGUCGCAGUCUCAAGAGAUGGCUGCUCUGAUUACCAGUCAUAACGACAUGUUUUCGUAUCCUCUCUCAGCGCCAGCCGGCGGAUCGAACUUCUGGGACACAUCAGCCGCAAUGAGCAUGGAUAUGGACUUUGCCGCUUCUAGCCAAAGUAUGUUCUCUACGGCCACCUCUGGACAUCGACCCUCGGGCUCGUUCGAUUGGAACAACGACAUUCAGCUCUUUCAGGAGGCCAACCAGCUACCGCCGUCAUCCAAUCAAGAAAAUACCCAACCAGAUUUGCAACUGAAUAUGAAUGCUGUAAGUGUGAUGCAGCACCAAGUUUCAGCACCAAUGAACAACUGUGCUGUUCCAGCAAACUAUCAGACAAUGCAUCAGUCCUUUAACACUAUGCUUCCUGGUGAGGCUGUUAACCCUGAUCUUCUUCUCUCCCGACCUUCAUCUGCUUCUUUCAAUGCUGAUUUCGUGGCUGAUGCCACGGAACGCCUGGAAGCUCCUCAGUCCGUCCCACCCAAACGAGCUGCUCGAGACGGGCGCAGAACGAGUACUGGCAGAGCCGGCAAGAUGCCAGACCGCGCCUUUGCUAGCUCCCCAUUAAAGGGAUCCCGUCCUGGGCUAACAAGAAGUUUCAGUGAAACCCGCGGACGCAAAGCUCUCGCCCGCGGUGGUGCCUUGCCAUCCUUGGCACCUGCUAGUAAACAGGCUCAGGGAACAAGAGGCGCCGAAGGGCGCAACAGCGGCCGUAUAUCCCCUCUGAAAAGCCAACGCCGAUUAUCUGGUCUUGCCUCGAUACCAGAAGCUCCUCUGCGACAGAUGCAACAGCAGCGACGAGCUUCUGUCCGCUUUACCAUUGACUCUCACGGCAGAGCACGUGCCGAAACCACACUUCCUGCAGAGGGCGGUGGCAUGUCCAGAAGCCAGAGCUCAAGAGAUCUGUCCUUCAAGAGCCAGUGGCAUUCUAGCGAAGAUGACUCCUCUGACGAGGAGCCCAUCACAAUCCCGAGCAGAAACAACUCGUUUAGCGCAUCAUUUGCGCUACCUGACCCUCGCAAACCAGUUGGAUCCAUCUUCCACGGUUCGAAGCUCAGCACCAGCGACAAAAGCAGCAGCGCAUCUGGAGCCAAUGAUGACGAGAGCGAAGCCGAAACUGUCAUGAACGAGGGCCAGGGAAAAGGCGAUGCCGCAAGCGAGCUUCGUAAAGUUGUCAGAGGUCGCCAGAAACGCGCAAGCCUCGCUGGAGUCUCCCAACCACAUCGCCUUUUAACUAACCUCGGCCACUUUCAAGACGGUACGAUUUCGCCUUCCAGUCUGACAGAGUCGGGCUAUGGCACUGAUGGGCAGGGCGUCCGCUGUGUCUGCAACAGAAGCGGCCCUGGUGAAGGCGAUGGCUUCAUGGUACAAUGCGAAUCAUGCGAGAUGUGGCUACACGGCAAAUGCAUUAAUAUCACAAAACGCGAUAUGCCGAGCGUAUAUAUUUGCAGAUUCUGUGCCAACACUGCCAGCACCAGCGCCAACCGACUAAGAGAUGGCCGUAAUAACGCCUUGGGUCUAGCACCCGCCAUCUCGCCUCUGGGCACAAGGACUUUUCAGUCUUUCCGAUGAGCAUACGAUAACAGGAAACGGUGCCCAUCUCUUUUAUUGUAUUCUGAUUAUAACACAGCAUGUAUGAGGUUGCUUCCCAUGUUGGAUACUGCAGAAUCCAGCCUACCAUACUUGCACUACUCUGCUGUUCGAUUAGAACGCUUUCUUUCUUAUCCCGUAUCAUUCAUUAUUUCUUUCUCUUGUACAGAUUAUAUACACGGGCGCAGAAGGAUUUGCAGGGACCAAAACGAUAAUAUUUUGUCAUAACUUCGAUGUAGGAGCUACUUCGAUAGAAACCAUCAAAAUUUAAAUAAACAUGAGU